AUGAUCAGGGACAUGUCUGGGCACCGGGACUCAGAAGCCGAAGGCCACUUGACGCUGACGUUCUAUGUCACCAAAGACGGAGAGGAGGUGGACGAUGAUGACCUCAAAAGCCUGGGCCGUUCCAUCAUGGCGGCUUGCAACGAUCCAAAAUUUCAUCAGAAGCUUGAGAAGAGGAUGAAUUCUGAAGUGGAGGAGCUGAAGAUGCAGUUAGCAAGAGCCCAAGAGGCCCUUGCAUCAGCCAUCAAGGAAAAGGAGACUGCAGAGAAGAUUAUGGAGAAAUACUACCUCCGAGUCACUGGGAAGAAUGGCGAGACGCCUGCAUCACAUGAGAGCUCCCCAUCCAGUGCAUGA